AGCUUCCGGCUGAUGAGGGAAUGGGAACCGAUGGAUCUCUCAGACAGAGCUGAGCUCCAGCUAUCUAAAUGCAAGGAUUAGGAACUCGGAGAAAGGGAACAAAAAUCUUUUACAUCACCAGUUGAGAAAAUCUGCAUUAGUACUUUUUUCCGCAGAUGCUGCCUGGCCUGCAGAACUCCUGCAGUAUUUAGUGUGUGUUGCUUCCUUUACCUCCUCUUGCUCUGGACUUUUCGACCGGUGAGAACAUGUUUUGUCCCAUUCUCUCUGGGUUAAAAAUGAGAAGGAAUUCAUCUCCAGGAAGCUUAAACAUGACACGCCAGUUUUGUUGUCUCUGCCUAGAUACUUAAGAAGUGGAGCAAGGGUUCCAAUUGUCCACCCUACCGGCUCAGACUGUCGGGAGGAAUUCACUCGGUGAUUUUGACCAACUGGCAUGCCCAUCAUUUUACACAGGAAAAAGGACAUUCACCUGCCCAGACAGUGGGAAUGGAUUCACUCGGUCAUCUCAACUAAAGGUACAUCAGCAAGUUCACACUGGACAAGGCCAUUCACCUGUUCUGUGUGUGAGAAGGGGUUCAGUCGGUCAUCCCACCUGUGGACACACCAAUCAGUUCACACCGGGCAGAGGCUGGUCUUCUGCAGAACUUCUGGGUAAGGAUUCACUCUGUCAUCUGACCUAAUGGCUCACCAGCGAGUUCACACUGGGGAGCGGCCGUUCACUUGCUCAGUCUGUGAGAAGAGAUUUACUCAGUUAUCCAACCUACAGAGUCACCAGCGAGUUCACACUGGGGAGAAGCCAUUCACCUGCUCAGUCUGUGGGAAAGGAUUCACUCUGUCAUCCACCCUACUGGUACAUCAGCGAAUUCACACUGGGGAGAAGCUGUUCACCUGCUCAGACUGUGGAAAGGGAUUCACACUGUCAUCCCGCCUACUGAGACAUCAGGGAGUUCACACUGGGGAGAAGCCGUUCACCUGCUCAGACUGUGGAAAGGGAUUCACACUGUCAUCCCGCCUACUGGUACAUCAGCGAGUUCACACUGAGGAUAAGCCAUUCACCUGCUCAGUCUGUGGGAAAGGAUUCACUCAGUCAUCCACCCUACUGGUACAUCAGCGAAUUCACACUGGGGAGAAGCUGUUCACCUGCUCAGACUGUGGAAAAGGAUUCACUCUGUCAUCCCACCUACAGAGACACCAGCGAGUUCACACUGGGGAGAGGCCAUUCACCUGCUCAGUCUGUGGGAAAGGAUUCACUCAAUCAUCCACCCUACAGGGACACCAGCGAGUUCACACUGGGGAGAAGCCUUUCACCUGCUCAGUCUGUGGGAAAGGAUUCAGUCUGUCAUCCAACCUACAGAGACACCAGCGAGUUCACACUGAGGAGAAGACAUUCACCUGCUCAGUCUGUGGGAAAGGAUUCACUCUGUCAUCCACCCUACAGAGACACCAGCGAGUUCACACUGAGGAGAAGCCAUUCACCUGCUCAGUCUGUGGGAAAGGAUUCACUCUGUCAUCUACCCUACAGAGUCACCAGCGAGUUCACACUGGGGAGAAGCCAUUCACCUGCUCAGUCUGUGGGAAGAGAUUCACUGACUCUUCAACCCUACGGAGACACCAGCGAGUUCACACUGGAGAGAGGCCGUUCACCUGCUCAGUGUGUGGGAAAGGAUUCACUGUGUCAUCCACCCUACUGGUACAUCAGCAAAUUCACGCUGGGGAGAAGCCAUUCACCUGCUCAGUCUGUGGGAAGAGAUUCACUGACUCUUCAACCCUACGGAGACACCAGCGAGUUCACACUGGAGAGAGGCCGUUCACCUGCUCAGAAUGUGGGAAGCGAUUCACUCGGUCAUCCAACCUACGGAGACACCAGCGAGUUCACACUGGGGAGAUGCCGUUCACCUGCUCAGUCUGUGGGAAAGGAUUCACUGACUCUUCCACCCUGCAGAGACACCAGCGAGUUCACACUGGGGAGAAGCCGUUCACCUGCUUAUUCUGUCGGAAGAGAUUCACUCAGUCAUCCACCCUACAGAGUCAUCAGCGAGUUCACACUAGAGAGAGGCUCAGAAUGUGGGAAAGGAUUCACUCAGUCAUCCCACCUCUUGGCACACCAGUCAGUUCACAGUAAGGAGAGGCCAUUGUUAUGAAUCCUUUGGUUUUGUUUGCUGUAGACUGUCAUUUUAAGAGAGAGAGAGAGAGAUUAAGAAGGUGAAUCAGUCUGACUUGCAGCUUGUUUACAUCGCUCGCAGCUUGUUUAGUUUUAACUGAGGACACAGACACUCAGAGUCAGACGGAGACAAAGGAGGAAAAAUGGAAGGAUCGAAACCAGGGAACUAGUAGCCAAGGAUCACUGUUUGGAACUUUCCUUCACUCACAAGGGUGGGCUAAUUAUUGAUUCACCGUACAUCGAAUGUGUGGUUGUCACCUCAUUUGAUCCACAGGAGUGGAUCUGAUUUGGGAUAUCCUGUGGAGACAUGUAUUAACCCUUGCCUGGCUGUGGCGUAGUCAUUCAUUUGAUGAUACCCCUUAUGACAAUUCAUUUUAGGUGAUAAUUCGUAUGUACAUUUGUAAAGAUGAUGGAUAAAAUGUAGAGUGACUGUUCUCUCUUUUUACCACCAUGGAACCUGUGGAAUACAACAUAAUUGCCUUCUCUCAACAUUUACCCUGGAUUACAAAAAUAUCUCUCUCACAUCACCUAUUCUGUGAAUGAAUUGAACUUUAAUACUUUAACAUCUCCAGACUCCAAGCCUUGUUUCCCCUGAGCUCAGAAGUUUGGGAGUUAUAUUUACACACAUACAUACACAUAACACUCACGAGGAAAUCUGCAGAUGCUGGAAAUACAAACACAAAAAAAAUGCUGAUAGAACACAGCAGGCCAGGCAACAUCUAUAGGGAGAAGCACUGUCGACGAUGUGGGCCAAGACCCUUCGACAGUACUAACUGAAAGAUAGUAAGAGAUUUGAAAGUAAUGGGGGGAGGGUGA